UCCUCGAUCCAUCAAUCUCCAACUCUCGCUCGAUCCCGCGGCCAUGGAGCAGUCCAGGUGGCCGGACCUCCCAUCUGACGCGCUCCGCGACAUCUCCGGCCGCCUCCCCGACGCUGCCGACUUCUUCCGCUUCCACGCCGUCUGCAAGCCGUGGCGCGACACGUCGACUCCGAUCCAAUCGUCUCCGCCGUGGCUCCUUGCCGCGCCGGAGAAAGACUCGGUCCCGCUCAGGUUCAGGUGCGUGUUCGCCAAGUCCAGUUACCGCGCCCAGCCUUCUAUUUCCGGAGCCGGGAGGAGGAUCUGGCUGUCUACUGCCGACGUAGCUGCCAUCCGGUACCUCCCCGUCGAACAUCUCCUCCCUAGCCUCCACGACCCCCUCACCGGAGCCGUCAACCACCUGCCUCUCUUGCCGCAUGCAUGCGGCGUCGACGGCCAGGAGGAGAGGCGCUGUCUAUGGCGAUGGUACCACUCUUCUCUAGGGCAUCUCCACCGAAUUUGUCAGUACCCUGUGCAGCGUCAGAGCCGAGUUCAAGGCGGCGCUCCUGCGUCCUGGCGACACAAAGUGGACGAUAGUGGAGAGGACCCUCUGGAAAGCCGGCACGUCCGGAGAACACUGCGUCGUGUACGAUCCUGGUAACUGUCAACGGUAGCCUCUGGCACGUCAUCACGCUAGACGCUGGCGACCUGCUGUUAACUACCAAAGUAGGGGGAGCGCGAACGCUACUCCUCCGAGCAGUACAGCUACAUCCUUGAGUCCCGUGGUGAGCUUCUGUGGGUCACCGUCCAGUUCAAGAAAUACUAUGAUUAUGGCGGGGUCUUCAUGGAGGUAUACAAGCUAGAUGGGGAGGCGUCAGCAACAACGGAAAAGACACGGUGGAUGAAAAAGGACGGUGGUAGCUUGGCCGAACGUGUGCUGUUCCUGGGGUCGCCCAACACCUUUGCGAUCGACACCUCCCUGCUCGGUGGCCAUGGAGGUUGCGCCUACUUUGUCUACCCCAACGGUAAGGCCUUUCCACGUAAUGGUUAUGCUAUGCCAAUCGACCAAUAUGGCGUGUUCAGAUACAACCUCAUUGAAAACAAGGUCAAGCUCAUUGAGCGGCUACCCCAAGGAUGGUAUGAAGAGAAGUGCACUUGGCUCAUCCCACAGCCUGCCAUGGCUCAAAUUCAGGAAAUUACUAAAAGGUCUCUCGAGACUCAUGAUAAGAUGCAGCAAAAGCAGCAGAUUACGAGCCCAACAUGCAUCAUUAACAUCGAGAGACAUUAUUGAGCCUUGUUUUAAGUUGUUGGUGCGCAACCUACCUCUCACAGUGACUAGCUCUCAGUUGCAACUCUUCUUCAACAACCAUGGCGAAGUGUCCAGCGCUGAGGUGAUUCGCUACAAGAAGACCAAGCGCUCCCAAUGUAUCGGCCACGUUACCAUGUCGACUUCCCAUGCCCAUCCUGAUGAUGCUCUAGAUGAUCUCAGUGGCCUGGUUUUGGAUGGUUGCGAUCUUGAAAUUAGCUUUGUCAAGGAGGGGCGGCGACAGCGGAAGAGGCAACAACGAUCGUUUUUCAGGGUAACUCACACCGUUGGUUUUAGUGAAUUUCAUUUCGUGGAAUGACCGGACGGAAGGUAGGAACGUGUACACGUAUUUGAAUACCCACGCAUAUGCAUACAUUUAUCCGAAUACCUGUGAAGUGGUGGUGGAAAUUCAAGACUAGUAAUGGCUUGUGGCAACAAAUUGUUCGUACCAGGAAUUUGAAGCGUCGUAUUGUUGCCACGGUUCAUCCUUGUCUCAAUGAUUCCCCUUGU